CGUCAGCAGGUGCAGAGAGCAGUGGGGGUCUCGCGGCUUCAUCAUCACUGCAUCGAAAUUACGCCGGCAUAUAACAAUUUUACAUCAAUAUAACAUUCUCAGAAAAUGGUAGCAAAACAAAGGAUCCGUAUGGCAAACGAAAAGCACAGCAAAAACAUCACGCAGAGAGGGAACGUUGCAAAGACCCUGCGACCUCAGGAAGAGAAGUACCCCGUGGGGCCGUGGCUCCUGGCUCUGUUCGUCUUCGUCGUCUGUGGAUCAGCCAUCUUUCAGAUCAUCCAGAGCAUCAGGAUGGGAAUGUGAUCCAGAGGCCCCACAGACUCUCCCCUCUCUCCCCACACCCGCUCAUCAGACCUGAGGCGGCUCGCCACCCUACGCACCUCCCUAACACCUCCAGGAGGCCUGGAGGUCCGGACAGCUCUGUGUCCAUCAGGGAAGGCCUGAGAGAUGAGUGGACCACCCCCCUUCCCCCCUCGAUUUUCUCGAUCACACGUUUACAGAGUUCCAGGCCGUGGAGAUGAGAGCUUUUCUACUGACAGUCUAAACCACAACCAAUGGCUGGCUCAAUCUCGUACAGUGUGUUUUACACCUGCUCAUAUGUAUGAGUGUGAGACUGUGAGUGUAUGUGUGUGCAGUCAAUGAUGUGACUGGCUGCUGUGCAAUACUGCUGUGUUUCUAUAUACACUCACCGAACAGUUUAUUAGGUACACCACCUCGUUCACGAAAAUGGAUCGCUCCUACUGACAGUGACCGUGGCUUGCUAUAUAAAGCAGGCAGACAGGAAUCUAGACAUUCAGUUACUGUUCAAUUGAACGUUAGAAUGAGCAAAACAAUUGACCUAAGCGACUUGAAGCGAGGUAUGAUCGUCGGUGCCAGGCGCGCCGGAUCCAGUAUCUCAAAUGGCCGCCCUCCCGGGCUUUUCAUGCAUGACAGUGUCUAGGGUUUACCGAGAAUGGUGCGACAAACAAGAAACAUCCAGUCAGUGUGGGUGAAAA